CCUCCCUCUCUCUCUCUCUCUCUCUCACACACACAUCUCGUCAAGUCAUGGCUUUUGUGCUCCCCAACAUUAAUCUCAGGGCUUUAAUGAACACAACAUUCCUCCUCCUCUUCUUGUUCUUCACAACUCCGACGAGCUCCCCUCCCCCUUCUUUCAAAUUGACCAGCACCACCGCGAACCAUCAACCCAAUAAGUUCCUCUGCCUCAAAUCCCACAUCCCAUGCAUCUCAAAAAUCUACGUCGGCUAUCUCCACAUCCUCUACUACACUUGUGGGGCUUACCCUUCACUGGGGCACACCAUUCUAGCCCUCUUGCUCGUAGCCUUGUUCCACCUAAUAUCAAGAGGGUACUUGAGCCUAUCUCCUACGAUAUCUAGUGUUGCCGACGUGUUUUCUAGCGUUAUCCCGUUCCGUUCGACCUCAAGGGAGGCUGUUGGAUUGAGCAACGUGCUCAGUGGAGGACUAUUCGAGUUGUAUUUUCUCUAUGUUUUGAUCAUCUGCGCUGUGUAUUUCCAUCAUAAUGGCAAGUAUCGCGAUUUCGAUGGGGAUAAGGAGCCGGUCUCUACCCCGAAAGAAUCACCUUUUGAGAAAGGUGUUAAUGAGGAAGAGGAUCCAUCAAGCUACUACGUCAUGUUCAAAGCAAUGGCAAAGCACUACAUAGUCUGGUUCUCGGGUGCAAUUUCACCCAAGACGAAAAAGACGGCGCACCCUAGAAGAAAAAGAAUGCUCUCAUGGCUCGCAAGAGGGGUCCUAACGAGUGUUCUUUGGACUUGCAUUAUAGCUAAAGAGGUCGCAGUAUUGUUUAGGAUUAGCCCUUCAGUGUUAGGGUUAACAGUUCUUGCAUGGGUGAACUCCAUAUGGGACUUAAUUGCAAAUUAUGUGUCGGUGGGGGGGAGUGGGGCCCACAUUGCCCUCUCUGGGUUCUUUAUCGGGCCUAUCAUCAAUGCCUUGGCGGGGUUAGGCUCAUCACUAGUGGUUUCAGCUUGGAGUGAGCACCCCAUGCCCUUUGUGAUCCCGGUGGGGCCCGCAUUGUUUGAGAUUCUAGGGUUUUUGAUGGCAGGCUUAGUUUGGGCUCUUGUGAUCUUGCCAAAGAGGGACAUGAAGCUUGAUAAGGUACUGGGGGUUGGGCUAUUGGCUAUCUACUCAUGCUUUCUCUCCCUUAGACAUUCACAGAGACUAGGGUUAUUGCAGCUUUGAUGAUCAGAACUUCCCUUUUCUUUGUAUUUUUGUAGCUCAGGGUAUUAGUUAGACUUUAGAGGAUUAUACGUCUUUGAGAGGGUCUUUUUUAAGUUGCGCCCAAAUCGAUGUAUAAAUAAUUGCAUGUAAAUCCUCUGAUUGACAUGUACCAAAUGUAAGUUAGCUGAUCUAGUGCUGUAUUUUAUUUGGGAACUAAUUUGACUAGGAACUUACUUGGGUAGUUUGAGAGUCCCUUCUUGUAUCAUGUAAGAGUGGAUUUGAGAUUUAAGCUACUUAUCUUGGAGGUGUUUAAUUUAUGAGCAAUAAGUAUGUU